AAUCCCAUCAGCUUCAUGUAAUCUGCUCUUUCAAUUAACAAAUCUGAAUACCAUUUUUUCAGAGUUCACAUCUUCCUUUCAGACAUUUUCUCAAACACUUUUUCUUGCUUUCACUUGGAUGGAAGUUUCAUCUUUCCCAUUUCUUAAUCAGGAAGAGAUUUCAUACUUCUAUAGUUUAUUUGAAGACAUGGAUACUAGUAAUGGUGGAACCUAUAGUGUGAACAACGAUUCGAAGAAGCGUAAGAGGAGGGGAGAAGACGAUGGUGGAGAUGGUAAUAAAGACCAUUUCCAACAAUCAAUGGAAGAGGAUUUGAAGAAGAGUGCAAUGAGAGAUAUAUUUGCUUCUAUUUUGAUGCUGGAUGAGGAGGAGAAGCAAGAGGAGCAGCAGUGGGUUAUUGAUUCUGAGCAAGAUAAGGCCCUAUUUGAUUCCAAUUACGAGCGGAAACUCCAAGCUAUGAAUGAUUAUAAUUCUCAACUCCAGACCCACUACUCCAAUUUGGAUGAAAUGGAUCAUUCCAGAACUAAGCGGGCGCGCCGCUCCGCUUCCGCUGUUGCCGCGGUGGCGAGUGAAAAUGCGGCUUCUGGGGAUUCAGCUCAGAAUAGUGGCGCCAGUGCUAGUGGGGGGUCUGGGGGUUCAGGCCAGCACAGGCGGCUAUGGGUGAAGGACAGGUCAAAGGACUGGUGGGAGCAAAUUAGCCACUCGGAUUUCCCAGAGGAGGAGUUCAAGAAAGCAUUUCGAAUGAGCAAGGCCACGUUUGAGAUGAUCUGCCACGAGUUGGAUUCUGUUGUCACAAAAAAGAACACAAUGUUGCGCGACGCCAUUCCUGUUCGCCAACGCGUUGCGGUUUGUAUUUGGAGGCUGGCCACGGGUGAGCCUUUGCGACUAGUGUCGAAGAGAUUUGGAUUGGGGAUCUCUACUUGCCAUAAAUUGGUUUUAGAGGUCUGCUCGGCUAUAAAGACUGUAUUGAUGCCCAAGUUCCUUCAAUGGCCUGAUGAGGAGAAAAUGAGGAUGAUUAAGAGCGAGCAUGAAUCAAUGUCAGGGAUACCAAAUGUUGGUGGCUCAAUGUACACUACCCAUGUUCCAAUUAUCGCACCAAAGAUUAGCGUGGCGGCUUAUUUCAAUAAGAGGCACACCGAGAGGAAUCAGAAGACAUCCUAUUCCAUAACAGUUCAAGGCGUUGUUGAUCCCAGAGGCGUUUUCACUGAUGUUUGCAUUGGCUGGCCUGGCUCAAUGCCUGAUGACCAGGUGUUGGAGAAGUCUGCCUUGUACCAGAGGGCUAGUAGGGGGGCUUUGAAGGAUGUCUGGAUUGUUGGGAAUUCUGGGUACCCUCUAAUGGACUGGGUUCUGGUACCUUACACCCACCAGAAUUUGACAUGGACACAGCACGCAUUCAAUGAGAAGAUUGGCGAGGUUCAAAGGGUGGCCAAGGAAGCAUUCGCUAGACUGAAAGGCAGGUGGUCUUGCUUGCAGAAGAGAACUGAAGUGAAGCUCCAGGACUUGCCAGUGGUUCUUGGGGCCUGUUGUGUCUUGCACAACAUUUGCGAGAUGAGAAAUGAGGAGAUUGAUCCAGAGCUUAAGUUUGAUCUUUUCGACGAUGAGAUGAUCCCUGAAAAUGGCCUGAGAUCAUUAGGUGCAAUCCAGGCCAGGGAUCACAUUGCCCACAAUCUCUUGCAUCAUGGCCUUGCAGGCACUUCCUUCCUAUAGCAACUUUUUUGUUAUAGCAUGAUUUUGUAGGCUGGAUUUUAUGUUUCUGCAUUAUUUUUUGUGGUAUGGGUGGGUUGUCAUGCUGUACUAGUUAGAGAAUAAGAUGAUUAGAUUUUUUUGAUGGGUCCAUGUAAAAUAUUUUAUUUUAUCCAUCCAAAAAAUAAAAUUGAAUGCUUUUUUGCUUA